GAGGAAGGAACACAUCUUACCGCUGGUCUUUCUUCACUUUUGUCUUAAACUUAAACUGAGCACGAGUGAAGUCCUGGUCAUCGAGGUUGUGUAUGAGAUGCAGGCUUCAAGAAUGAACUGUGUUUAAAUACAUUUGGACACUUUGUAAAAAAAUAAAAACUGUUGAGGAGAUGGCUGGCACCAGUGGAUUUGAAGCCUCGGCGGUUAGUGUGAUUAAACGGGCAGUGGAGUUAGAUGGCAAAGAACGCUUCACUGAAGCGUUAGUCUGCUACCAGGAAGGACUGAAUCUACUCAUGGAGGUCUUAAAAGUGACAACAGACGACGCAAAGAAGCGAGCUUUACGCACCCGCCUGGGCGACUACAUGGACAGAGCAGAGAAAAUAAAGCAACACGUGGAGAAAGAAAAAGAAGCUGGCAAAUACCACGAACAAAUCCACAUAGCGGCAGACUCCACCCACAACAGCUACAGCCGAACCUUCGGCCGUUUCCUAGACGAGUUUGUGACGGAGGUCCACGUUGAGGAUCCUUACAUCCGGAAUCCUCACCAGUGUUACAACUUCCUGAGGCUGUGCGAACUCCUUCUUGGGGGCAAGACAAAAGUCAAGAGGAUAAGCUUGCUGACGGGACAAGACCAGGGAACGGCGCAACAGCAAGAGGCAAGAUUUGAGGAGUUGAAAAGAAGCCUGGCCGAGUAUAGUGUAACGUUAGAUAUCAGUUACUCAUCGACGCUACACGACAGAGAGAUCAGAUUAAACAACGGUUGGAUAAUCAAGAUCGGUCGAGGUCUCGACUACUUCAAGAACACGGGCAAGUUCAGCAUCGGUUUCUGCGACAUGGACCUGCGCAAAUGCCACGAGACAACGGUCGACAUCUUCCAUUCCAAACACACCACGAAGAAAUGAUACUGGCCGGAAACAAAUGCAGAUAAUAAAUUUAUCCUCUUUGUUUUGUUUUCAACUGAUGCAAUAUUAAGAAACAAAGAAACACAAAACUUGCCCAUAAAUCUGCUCCCUGCUCUCCCUCAC